CAAAAUUAGGAGACUCUAGCAAAUAUGGAUAUAUUAUAAUUGUAGAUAAGACAUUUACCUUCACACAACAUAGAGAGGCCUGCCUCAAACCUAUCUUAUAAUCUAUGUGACCAGUGACCAAUGUCAAGAAUUCCAAAACCUUAACUUAUUUGUCUCAGUUUGAGUUAAACAAUUUGACCCAGAAUAUUACCUCCAUUUUCAGUUUCGGUACUGUAGAUGCAUUAUUGAAUGUAAAAAUUAUUGUUCUAUAAUUUAUGUUACCCCCUCCACUCUAGGGGAUAAAGAGACUAAGCUAAAGAGUGAUAUAAAGAGAUGGCUGAACCUUCAUCAUAACUGAAGAAUGACUGCUAAAUGAUAAGUCUUUAGUUUCUGUUAGCUGUUCUUUAAUGGUCCUCCACAUGUUAGUAUUAUGAUACAAAUGCCAGGGUAACUUUAAAUUUGUUUUCCUCCUGUAAAAUUUUCAUUUAGUAUUAGGUCCAUUGAUUUAACCACCCUCAAUUUUUAUUCAUUCUCCUUCUUACCAACUAUUAAAAUUAAUAAUGGAAAGAUGGGGUAUUAAUAAAUAUAUAUCACCACCAUGUAAGCGACUUCAUGAAGUUAACGAUAACGAACUGAACGCUUCACAAAUAAUCUAGCAGAAGCCUAACAGCUGAUGGAGGGUGUUCCCAAAAGUCCUAAGAUCAUAUGGUUUUAAAAUUUUGAAAGUUUCAGAAAUAGCUAUUUCUUUUUUAUGGGGUAGUUAUAAGCCUGCAUGACUCGCCACCUGUGCCAUGAGGCAAGACAUUAUGCCUCUCGUCACAAGUAUUUUAUUGAACAAACCUUAAGACCAAUCUCUGGAUUUAAAAUGUAUUCACCAAAACUAAUAGUUGUUUCGAACCGACUGCCUUUUGUUCUUAAGAAGAAUAGUGAAGAUGAAUUAGAAAGGGUACCGAGUGCUGGUGGCCUAGUGACUGCUGUUGGGCCAGUUGUCAUCCAAGGAAAUGGACUUUGGGUCGGUUGGCCAGGACCUAACUACAAAAGUGGCACUCCAAUUCCAGAGUCGAGCCCAGAGGAUGCUUCGCCUUCAGCCAAGCUUCUGUCUUCUAAUAUUAUACCAGUAGAAAUUGACCAAAACCUGAUGAAUAACUUCUACAAUGGAUGUUGUAAUGCCACUUUUUGGCCUUUAUUCCAUCUGAUGCCUGAUAAAGCUGUUUUUAAUGUUGAUUAUUGGCAGGCAUUCCGAAAAGCGAAUUUUCUUUUUGCGGAAACAGUUAUUUCAGCGCUGAACAAACAAUCAAAAAAGAGUACUGAAAAGGAAAGUACGUUGAUCUGGCUCCACGAUUAUCAUCUUAUGUUAGCAGCCAAUACCAUUCGAGAGGCGCCUGACUUAAAAAAUGCUAAUUUCAAAUUAGCCUUUUUUCUUCACAUUCCCUUUCCUCCUUGGGAUAUUCUUCGCAUCUUUCCAUGGGUAGAUGAUUUACUUCAGGGGUUGUUAGGGAACGACAUGAUUGGGUUUCACACAAAAGAUUACUGCAUGAACUUUAUUGAAUGUUGUCGGCGUGGAUUGAAGUGCCGAGUGGAUACCGAAAAUUUACUGGUAGAACAUGGAGCACGUACUAUUAAAGUUUGUCCACUUCCUAUCGGAGUUCCUUAUGAAAGGUUUCAAGAACUCGCCCGAAAUGCAUCAAAUGUGAUAAAGGAACCAGGAAUAAAGCUCAUUCUUGGAGUUGAUAGGCUUGAUUAUACCAAGGGAAUACAGAAUCGUUUGUUAGGAUUUCAAAGAUUGCUUGAGAAGAAACCUGAUCUCAUUGGGAAAGUAACGUUAUUGCAAAUAGCUGUUCCAUCUAGACAAGAUGUAAAAGAGUAUCAAGAUCUAAAAGAAGCAAUGGAUAAACUUGUGGGUAACAUAAAUGGACAAUUUUCUACCCCUAAAUGGUCCCCUAUCAGAUAUAUUUUUGGUACUGUAAGACAAGAAGAACUUGCUGGUUAUUAUAGAGACAGCGAUGUUGCUUUAAUUACUCCUUUCAGGGAUGGAAUGAAUCUGGUAGCUAAAGAAUUUGUUUCUUGUCAGAUAAAAAAUCCUCCUGGUGUAUUAAUUAUAUCGCCGUUUGCUGGGGCAGCCGAACAGAUGGAAGAGGCUCUGAUUGCUAACCCAUACGAAAUAGAUGAUAUCGUUGACACUCUUAUCAGAGCUCUUGAAAUGCCCAAUGAUGAAAAAAUGUUGCGUAUUAAUUACCUCAAACAAAGAGAGCAAUCACAAGAUGUGCAUUUCUGGAUGAAAAGUUUUCUUAAAGUAAUGGGUGAAAUUAUAGAAUCAGAUGGUGAAGAUAUACGUCCUACUUUAUUUCAUCCAGUAUCAUUUUCUGAUUUUGAUGAGUAUUGUAAAAAGAUUUUGCAGGGAAAAAAACAACUUGCUCUGCUCCUAGAUUUUGAUGGAACAUUGGCCCCGAUUGUAAAAAGGCCAGAAUUGGCUGCUUUACCAGCGGAAACAAAGGAAAUCCUUACAAGGUUAUCCCAAAAUCCUCGUAUUCAUAUUUCUAUUGUUUCUGGCCGAAACGUGAAAAAUGUUAUGGAAAUGGUUGGAAUUAAGAAUAUAACAUAUGCUGGAAAUCAUGGUAUGGAAAUAAUACAAUCUGAUGGUAAUCAUUUUUUGUUUCCUAUGCCUAUCGAAUUUCAAGAAAAAGCAGCACAACUUGUCAAAGACCUUCAAGAACAGGUAGUUAAAGAAGGUGCCUGGGUAGAAAAUAAAGGACUCACUCUUACAUUGCAUUAUCGAGAAACACCUUUUGAAUGGAGGACAGAAAUUGUUUCAAAAGCAAGAUCUUUGAUAGAAGCGGCUGGGUUUAAAGCAUCUCAUGCUCACGAGGCUCUUGAAGCAAAACCACCUAUCGAUUGGCAUAAAGGAAGGGCGUGUAUAUACAUUCUCCGCACAGCUUUCGGCCUCGACUGGACAGAACGUCUUAAUAUUAUAUAUGUUGGAGAUGAUACCACUGAUGAGGAUGCAAUGAGGGCAUUAAAAGGUAUGGCAAUUUCAUUCCGCAUAACACAAGGUUUAUCAAUCAAGACUUCCGCUGAUCACAGAUUGCCAACUACUGAUUGCGUUGUAACCUUGCUUAAAUGGGUGGAAAAAAAUUUUAAAGAAUAAGAAUGGUCAUUGUUGCAAUCACUAUUUUUCCUGGGAAUAUUAGUCAGAACCGAAAUGUUUUGAUGGGUCAACAAGUUUUCUGUUGUUUUAUUUGAAGAUGUGCCUUAUAUCUUGACAAAAAUAAUUUACUUUCCGUCAAGCUCUUUUAUUUAAUUUUAUAUGAAAUAAGGUUGUGAACUGUCACUUUAAAAGAAAAAAAAAAAAUACAUACAUUUUAUUAUAAAAAGGUAGAAAUGUUUUUUUAAAAUUCUCUAAAAGAGAAUUAUUAUUAACUUGAUUAGGAAAUUUAUCAAUUAGUUAAUUUGACUUUUAUAAGAGGCAUAGAUAUUUUUAAUGUAAUUUUAUUUUCUAUAAAUAUAUUUUAUGAAAUGUU